GAUACAGCAUAAACAUCAGAUCAAGAAAUCAAUUCCAUAAAACAGGCACAUGGUUCCAUCUGUUCACUCUUUCUCUUGCCAACUCCCUCUCUCUGACUUCUUCUUCCUUUUCUCUCUCUCUCUCUCUCUCUUUUCCUCUGUCUGCGGCAGCGCCAAAGUCACCUUCCAUUAUUACUCUUUCUAGAUUUUGUUUUCCAACUGUUUCCGAAAAAUCCAUGAGUUUCCCCACAAUCUCCGCAACCCCAUUUCACUUUACAUUUCUCUUGUUCCAUUUCCAUGAAAAUAUACCCAUAUGAUAAUAACAUUCCACUUUUGGCCUUCAUUUACACUUUCAAGAUUUCACAUUUUUAACAUUCUACCACAUCUUGGAUCUUCCUUUUUUCCUUUAAAAUGUCAUAAAGAUUCAAUCUUUACACCAUUUUAGUACACCCAAGUGACAGAAUUUGUCAUUAAAGAAUGGAACACAAGCAUAUGCUCAUACUUAUUAUAGUACCAAGUUCAGUAACUGCUAUAAUUAUUCUGUUGGUCAUGAUCUAUUGUUGUAGAAGAAAAGGAGGAGAAACUGUUUCUAGAGAUAUAGAAGCUAGCUUAGAGGUUAAAGAAAGAGAUGGGGUUGAAAAAGAUUUGUUGAUAAAGUUUAAAGAUGGUGAAGAUCUAACUGUGUAUGAUAUAUUGGAUGCUCCAGGUGAAGUUAUUGGGAAAUCAAGUUAUGGAACUUUGUACAGAGCUACUUUGCUGAGUAUUGAUAGGCUUACAUUAUUGAGAUUCUUGAGACCAGCUUGCACUGUGACAAUGAAAGAAGUUGUGCCUGUAAUGGAACUUUUGGGGUCAUUAAGGCAUCCUAAUUUGGUGCCAUUGUGUGCAUUUUACGCAGGGCCAAGAGGAGAGAAAUUGAUGGUUCAUCCUUUUUAUCGGCAUGGCACCUUAGCCCAAUUGAUUAGAGAUGGGAAUGGUGAGGCUCAUAGAUGGCACAUCAUAUGUAGGAUCUCCAUUGGCAUUGCUCGAGGACUGGACUAUCUUCACACAGAUUUAGAAAUUCCCAUAAUCCAUGGAAACCUCAAGUCGAGUAACAUACUUUUGGAUCGUCACUUCAGACCAUAUGUGUCCGAUUUUGGCUUGCAUCUCGUCCUGAAUCCAACUGCAGGCCAAGAAAUGCUUGAAGCUUCAGCAGCUCAAGGAUACAAAGCCCCUGAAUUGAUCAAGAUGAAAGAAGUUAGCGAAGAAACUGAUAUUUAUAGCCUUGGGAUUAUCUUGUUAGAGUUACUAACAGGAAAAGAACCAUUCUACAGGAAACCAAAUCUUGAUAAGGAUAUUUAUUUGCCUAAUGCUGUUCAAAGUGCAAUUCUUGAUCAUAGGGUUAUCGACUUUUAUCAUCCGAAGAUUCUACUUAGCCAAAAUGAAGGGCAAAGGGCGGUUAGUGAAGAUCAUAUUUAUGAAUUCCUUCAGCUUGCAAUGGCUUGUUGUUCUCCUUCACCUGCUCUUAGGCCUACUAUAAAGCAGGUCGUUAGCAAACUUGAAGAAAUUGGAAGGUAAAAUGAACAAUCGAUUCACUCGAGGCAGGACCUGUGAGUGAGUUCCAAAUGAUCGAUAUGGCGCUGAUAUAACAGAUUGACUUGUUGUGAGAAAAUUGCUUUCAGGGAAUAUGUCUUAAUUCCCUAUGUACAAUCAUAGCAAGAAAAUUUAGUGAAGCUUAUAUCAAUUGGCAAGAAUUAUGAAGAUGGUGUUGAGUUAUUCGGAAAAUGGUCAUAACUUUUAACCUCAAGAAUCAGAGACAAGUUUCUGGAUCCUGAAGAUUAGCUUCCAAUAUCAUACUCAAGAUUCACUAUUGUCAUUUAACAAGGGGAUGAAUGGAUUAAGGUGCUACAUUGUGAAAUGACCGAAAAAUUUGUAAAAUGUAGUUGAAUAGACCCUUGUGGUCCGGCACUUCCCCGAACCCGGCACAUAGCGGAAGCUUAGUGAACCGGGCAGCCAUUUAGUUGAAAAUUUAGAGAAUGACGUUUAGUCUCAAUUUCAGAAAAUCUGGUGACAGUUGAAGCUCCAAAGGAUCCACAAGACAUAAUCGCCACCAACCGGGUACAUGUACCACGAUGUUUUGACAAAUUAUGUUAUGAUAUUUUUUAUUUUUUAUUUUGGAUUAAAAGCUUAAACAUUAGAAAAGACAGAGUGUUCCAGCUACAAGACAAAGAAGAGCCAUUUCCUAUCAUUGAAAUUAUUGAACGCCAGUUUUGUCAUUGUUCGGAAAGUCUAACACCACAAGAUUUACAAGUUUACUGUA